UCAGAGCAGCGCAGCCAUGGCCGGAGCCCCCACGCUGGUCCUGCUCCUGCUCGCGCAGCUCCUGGCCGCCUCCGCGGCGCAGAAAAUGGGACUUCGAGGACCCCCUGGUCCCCAAGGGCCACCUGGGAAGCCAGGCAAGGACGGCAUUGAUGGAGAAGCCGGCCCGCCAGGUCUGCCGGGGCCCCCGGGACCGAAAGGAGGCCCAGGGAAGCCAGGGCGGCCAGGAGAGGCCGGGCUUCCAGGACUGCCCGGCGUAGACGGCCUGACCGGAAAGGAGGGGCCCCCUGGGCCCAAGGGUGCCCCCGGAGAACGGGGAAGUCUGGGACCCCCGGGACCUCCCGGCUUGGGGGGCAAAGGCCUCCCUGGACCCCCCGGAGAGGCUGGAGUGAGCGGCCUGCCAGGCGGCGUUGGCCUCCGAGGCCCCCCGGGACCCUCAGGAUUGCCAGGCCUUCCUGGACCCCCAGGGCCCCCCGGACCCCCCGGUCACCCCGGCGUCCUGCCCGAAGGCGCCACGGACCUUCAGUGCCCGGCCAUCUGUCCGCCGGGCCCCCCCGGACCCCCAGGAAUGCCAGGGUUCAAGGGGCCCUCCGGCUACAAGGGGGAGCAAGGAGAGGUCGGCAAGGACGGCGAGAAGGGCAACCCUGGCCCCCCGGGGCCCGCCGGCAUCCCGGGCACCAUGGGGCUGCAGGGCCCUCGGGGGCUCCGCGGACUGCAAGGGCCACUCGGGCCCCCCGGGGACCGGGGCCCCACCGGGUUCCGAGGCCCCCCCGGGAUCCCAGGAGCACCCGGGAAAGUGGGCGAUAGAGGCGAGCGGGGCCCCGAGGGGUUCCGAGGCCCCAAGGGUGACCUUGGCAGACCCGGCCUCAAAGGAGUCUCCGGAGCCGCCGGGCCAGGCGGGGAGCCGGGCUUGCCGGGUGAGGACGGCCGAGACGGCGUGCCUGGACUGGAUGGCGACAAGGGAGAAGCAGGCCGUGGCGGAGCCCCUGGAGAGAAGGGUCCCGACGGGCUGCCGGGCCUCCCUGGACGAGCAGGGUCCAAGGGCGAGAAGGGAGAACUGGGUAGAGCCGGAGAGCUGGGCGAGGCGGGGCCUUCCGGAGAGCCCGGCGUGCCCGGAGUCGCCGGCGAGGCUGGGGAGCGCGGCGAGGCUGGCCACCGGGGCUCGGCGGGGCCUCUGGGCCCACAAGGCCCUCCUGGGACGCCCGGCGUCCGCGGCUUCCAGGGCCGGAAGGGCAGCAUGGGGGACUCCGGCCUGCCGGGCCCGCAGGGCCUCCGAGGCGGCGUGGGGGACAGGGGCGCGGGAGGAGCCGCGGGUCCCAAGGGAGACCAGGGCCUCGCGGGCUCCGAUGGCCUGCCCGGGGACAAGGGAGACCUGGGACCCAGCGGCCCCGUGGGACCCAAAGGAGAGUCCGGCAGCCGAGGGGAGCUGGGCCCGAAAGGCAUCCAGGGCCCCAACGGCACCAGCGGCGUGGAGGGCGUCCCUGGGCCCCCCGGCCCCAUGGGCCUCCAGGGGCCGCGGGGUGUGCCCGGCAUCACGGGGAGGCCUGGCAUCCCGGGGAAGGAAGCCAGCGAGCAGCACGUGCGGGAGCUGUGCGGGGGCCUCAUCAGCGAACAAGUCGCGCAGCUGGCCGCACACCUGAGGAAGCCCUUGGCGCCCGGCUCCAUCGGCCGGCCUGGCCCAGCGGGGCCCCCCGGCCCUCCGGGGCCCCCUGGCUCCAUUGGCCACCCUGGUGCCCGAGGGCCCCCUGGAUAUCGUGGUCCCACUGGAGAGCUGGGGGACCCCGGCCCUAGAGGGGCGCAGGGGGACCGAGGAGACAAGGGCGCAGCUGGCGUGGGCCUGGAUGGGCCUGACGGAGGCCAGGGGCUCCAAGGACCGCAGGGCGUCCCUGGUGCCAGCAGAGACGGCCGUGACGGGGCCCUCGGUGAGCCCGGCCUUCCUGGAGAUCCCGGCCUUCCCGGUGCUGCUGGUGCUCAGGGGACCCCGGGCAUCUGCGACAGCUCGGCCUGCCAGGGAGCCGUGGUAGGAGGGGGCGGGGAAAAGUCAGCUCCUAGAAGCUCCUAGAACAUAACUGAAGUGAGACAGGGCGCCGGAGCCGCGCCGCCGGGCUGGGCCGAGAGCCUCCUGGCCGCCCUCCACACCCCGACGGCAGCACCGGACACCGAUCCCCGGAGCACCCGCCGUGCCGCCGUCCACAGUGCCAUCCCGCCAUCGCCACGGGCCGCACGGACCUCGGCCACCGGUGUGCGCCGCCCCAGCACACGUGUGGCAUCUGCUCGACGCCCAAGACAGACACAGCCCGCACCGUCUACACGGCGUUUACGCCGAGGCUGAGGGCCCGGGCGGAGUCGCUGGGCGCCCCUGGCCAAGGCUGUGCCCGCGAGCGGCCUUUGCAGCCAUGACCUGGCGCCCCUGCAGCUGCGGUGUUGUCUGUCGUGAUAAAUAAAGUCACUCAUUUGAAAA